CAACUCGACGAUCACACUACGCAGACUACGUUGCCUGCCAGGAACAUGGAAGGUAAGCAUACAGGCAUGCAGACUCUUCUUCGAACCGGGGUUGGAUAUGUUGAAUGAUAUGGAGAAGGCUUCCUUAGCUGCUUAGAUCAACCGACUCUCCACCAAGAUCGAUAAUUCACUGGGACCUGGCAACCUGGGACUCUCUAUUCUGUAUGCCUCCGCCCACCUUACUAAACAGGCAAUGGAUCUCACUUAGUGCCUGUGCGGGUCACCUUGCAGUUCUAGCGUUAUUCUGGCGCUUAUUAGUCUCUUGGACCCUUUUCUAAUUGUCAUGGCGGAAUUUCUCUCCCAUCUACAACAAGGUGCCUCGUGGAGAUAGUGGGUAGAAUAUGUACGUAGGGUGUCAACAAGCGCGUAUCGACAUGGGCUAACACGCCGAAGCGCAAUAGCCGAGCCUCCCGGCGGAAGAUCAUGGCUCAAAACAAGGACUCCGUAGACGAGAACCUCGUCAACUCGGUUACGGAAUACGUCAAGUCCUACAUGUCGAACUACGAUGGAUCUCAUGACUUCAACCACAUCGAGCGCGUCGUUGGACUUGCCAAAUACAUCCAUGCUCAAUCGCCGGCGGCCCCUCCGCGGGAUCACCAAGUCGUCAUCCUCAGCGCACUCUUGCAUGAUGUGGGAGACAAGAAAUAUCUGAAGUCAGGGGAAGAUGCUUCAACCCUGGUGUAUGAGCUUCUUCUGUCUCUUGGUGCUGCAGAGAAACUUGCGAAACGAGUCCAAACGAUCUGCCUGGGCGUCAGCUACUCAAGCGAAAUCAAGGAUCCAGCUCGAGUUCAAGAACUUAUCAAGACUUAUCCCGAAUUGGCUGUUGUUCAAGAUGCUGAUCGGCUUGAUGCUAUUGGGAGUAUCGGUAUUGGCAGGGUCUUCACUUUCACCGGUGCCAGGACACAACGGUCCAUGGCAGACUCGAUUCAACAUUUCCACGACAAGCUACUCAGACUUGAGAGCAUGAUGAAGACUGAUGUUGGACGAAGACUUGCUAAACAAAGGAGCGAGAGAAUGCAAGAGUUCCUCAAGUGGUGGGACGAGGAAACAGCCUUCAGUAGUGGAUCGCCGAUAACAACUUGAAAACACUUGAGCAUAUUGACAAUCUUCCUUUAUGCGUUAUGCCCCCGUCAAAAUAUUAUACCCAUGUACCUACCUAGUAGUUUCUAUGUCUUGCGUUACCACCAGCUUACAGAUAAUAGUAUUGCAUCAUUAACUCCAA